AUGGUCAAAUGUGCCUCGACUUUUUCUCGAAUUCCGCCGCUCUUCAAUCCUGACAAGCUCGUGUUGUUGCUUGCGUUUUCGGCAGAGAACAUGGCGAUGCUCCCCGAUGACAGCACCCUGACCAUAGCUAUCAAGGAUGCCACCGUCAGCACCUCCACGGUCAACCCGGCGAGGAUCACGUCGGCUGUACAGAAGAUGCGGCCGGACUGGUGCGUGAACAAGCGUCGCGUCAAGAGGUUGCUCCGCUCGAUGAACAACGACGCCUGGAAGGCGGCGGUCAACACGACCGUCAACGCGGGCAACCCCUCGGCCCGUGGCAGCAGCACCACCGCCAACGACAACGAGCCGCCGUCGGCCGAAGCGCCGGGCGCCUCAGUGACCGCCGCGGCCGAAACGGCCACCACCCGCAGCAGCAUCCGGGCAGCGGCCAAGGCCGCAAAGGCCGCGAAAGCGGCCGAGAAGGGAGGGGUUUUCGCGCGGGGGGGGGGGGGCGAAGAGCCCCUCAGCGAGAGCCUAGACCUGGCGACCGACUUGGAGCUCGAGCCCGGGGUUGACCUUAAGGCCGACCUGGGGAUCGUUACAAACGCCCCCGCUGCUGCCGCUGCCGCCGCUACGGCGGUGACGGAGGUAGAAGACGGCGGCUGCGGCGGCGCCGGAGCUUCUGCUGUCGGUGACAGCGGGCGUGCGGAAGCGGCUGACAACCUCGGGUUCGAGAUGAUCGACAAGGCGGAGGUAGUGGGGAGCGGAGCCGGAACCGGCGCCAACGGCAAGACCCGCAAGCCGUGGCCCUGGGCUUGGACCAGGAGCAGCUGAAGCGCCAACUGGGGUGGAUGUAUGUAUGUAUAUAUGUAGAGUGCCGUCGAGGAUCGCUCCGUAGUUUUGGUUUUGGGGUUUGUCAGCACCUGCCCGUGACUAUCUCCUGCAAGGCUACCGCCCCGGUCGAUGGGUUGUAGAGGAAGCAGCAGAUAGUUUUAGCAGUAGGCAGCGAGCGAGGAGCAGCCGCCGGCGGCGUGUGGAUACCUGCGGCGUUCCGUUUUGCAUGGAAAAAUAAACUAUUCGGCUCGUUCUCGUCAGGUUUUGGGUCUGUUUCACGCAAGCAUGGACCGAGAAUCUUGAGGAUUUUUUUUCGGGAUGCGCAGUUUCAGGAUAGGACGAAGUUGGUUCACACUGCUUCGCAGCAUAGAUAUUUCUGGUGCCGUGUGGCCACUCACGCGAUUUGCUUUGUCCAAUGUACAUUAUUAUUUUUUUCUGGACAUGCAAGGCGAAUUUGAAUUUUCUG